AUGUGGGUUUACAACUCUCCUCUCCUCCACCGGGCAUACGCGCCUGGCUUGAUCACGAUAUUUUCGGGUGUCGUACUCUCGGCAAGUUCUUGCAUCCUGAGAUUUUGGCUGUUUGAUGAAAAAGGUGUGUUAAUUGGUGAUGGAGAAGAAGUGAAGUUGCUCGUGAACUAUUGUAUGACUGAAAUGAACACACGAGUGAUUGAAUCUGAUAGUGGGCAUCAUUUGGCAGGGGAUAAUGAGUCAUGUCUUGAGGAGGCAAAUGAGAAACCAUGCAUUGAUAAUGUAAUUAGCCCUUGUGCAGUUACCGGAAGUGUGGGAGUGAUGAUUGAAUCCAAUUGUAGUGCGUCAGUUCAGGUAACUGAUAAGGUAUUAGACUGCAUGGAUGAUAGCCGAACAAAGGGAUCCUCGAAAGACACUGAAUCUCAACCUGUGCUGGAAACCCGCGUGAACGAUCCAAAAUCUUGCUCGGAAAUCGAUCUAAAAGAAUGUGACAACUGCACCGAGUCGGAACCUUGCAGUGGAAGUGGUGAAGACCAUUGCUUGGGGAAAUUAGAAAAUGAAACACCGAACAACUUAAAGGUAGAGUCCGAGCCAGUUGUGAAAGAUGGUGAAAUGGACACGUGCAUGGAGGAUCGUAUUGGUGGUGUCGAGCCCUGUACCGAAAAUGGGGUGAAAGAGCCUACUAAUGAUGAUGUGCACUCUGAAGUUUCGAAUCCAAAUCCUUCCCCAAAGCACGUUGCCUCGAGUUUGACGAUUAGCAGCCAAGUAGAUGUGGUUGGUAGUGAUCAUGGUGGCUGCGGAGAAAUCACAUCUGUUUGCCAGAGUUUAUAUGCUGAUGAUAGUUUCUGUGAAAGCAAGUUGGAAUCAUUUUCCAAAGAUAGUGUGGUUCUUGAAAUUCCAAAGCAUGUUAGGCCCAGUGGUAUUAGGAAGAUCACAUUUAAGUUCAGUAAACGGAAGGUGGUUAGUGAUGGCGACCAAUUAGCUGCUGUUGAGCCGUUGGAUGAUUACAAAAGUGACGAGGGGUUUUAUGAUAACAGAGUAUCUUUGUCACCCUCAGCACGCUUAACCCGUAAUGACUUUGAGAAUCAGGGUUGGAGUGCUUUGGAAAAUGAGGAAUUGAAUUUAAACUUGGAUUGCAUGGAGUUUCAGGACUCUCGAAGCCCUUCAUUCUGUGCCCCCAACAGGGAACUGAAGAUGUCUAAGAAGGUCGUCCCAGAUAAUUAUCCCACUAGUGUUAAGAAACUUUUGUCUACUGGGAUUCUGGAAGGUGCCAGAGUUAAAUAUAUUUCGAUAUCUGGCAUGAAGGAGAUUCCAGCAGUCAUAAAGGAUGGAGGUUACUUGUGUGGUUGUUGCAGCUGCAAUUUCAGUAAAGUUGUUAGUGCCUAUGAGUUUGAAAUUCAUGCUGGUGCCAAGACUAGGCAUCCAAAUCAUCGUAUAUAUUUGGAGAAUGGGAAGCCUAUCUACAGCAUAAUUGAAGAACUAAGGAAUGCCCCUCUCAGUACAAUUGACAGUGUUAUAAAAGCUGUGGCAGGUUCUUCUGUAAAUGAGGAGUACCUCCGGGCCUGGAAAGACCCCCUAUCUUGCUUCAUGCCAGUAUUCUAUUGUAACUCCCUUCAGGCAGCCACGGUAUAUGGAGCCGCCAGUGGAGCAAAAGCGCCUGGUCAAGAAGUUUGUUCUCCCCCUCCCUCCCACCCUCCUUCCCUAUCUUUAUCUCUAUCUUUAUUCACACACACAUGCAGGUUUCUAAGUUCAAACAUCAUAUGCAGGCCUAGGCAGAAUAACUCAUAUUGGGAACAGAAGAAAGUUGGUGAAGGUGGCAACAAAAAGAGGCAUGGUUUCUGUCUUCUGGAUAAUGAUUUGCAUAAACUACUUUUCAUGCCUAAUGGACUGCCUGAUGGGACCGAUGUGGCUUAUUAUUCUAAAGGGAAGAGGAUUCUUAAGGGUUACAAGCAGGGUAAUGGUAUAGUCUGCAGUUGUUGUAACUCUGAGAUAAGUCCAUCGCAGUUUGAGGCCCAUGCUGGAGGGGCAGCAAAAAGGCAACCUUAUCGUCAUAUAUAUGCGGCCAGUGGGUUGACACUUCAUGAUAUAGCCUUGAUGCUAGCAAAUGGCCAAAAUAUUAACUCCAGUGGCAGUGAUGACAUGUGUGCUGUAUGUGGAGAUAGGGGUGAACUUAUGAUAUGCAAUGGAUGCCCUCGAGCUUUUCAUGCCGCUUGUUUAGGUUUACAGUGUCCCCCCACCGGUGACUGGCAUUGUCAAUAUUGCAAAGACAGAUUUGGUCCUGGCCGGAAAGCAUCUUCUGGGUCACGACAUAUUAUUCUAAGGUUAAAUAGAGUUGUCAAAGCGCCAGAAUUUGAGCCCGGUGGUUGUGUUAUCUGCAGAUCACAGGAUUUCAGUGCAGUUAAAUUUGAUGACAGGACAGUGAUAAUUUGUGAUCAGUGUGAAAAGGAGUAUCAUGUUGGUUGUCUGCGCGAGUUGGGAUUGUGUGAUCUGAAAGAACUUCCUGAAGAUAAAUGGUUUUGUCGUGAUGAAUGCCAUAAGAUUUUUGAAGCACUUCAGAAUUUGGCCUGCAGUGGUCCUAAGGUGAUUCCAGCUUCAGUAUCGGGCACAAUUUAUGAGAAGCACGAAAAAUUAGGUUUCAACACCACACAAAAGAAUGAUAUCCAGUGGUGUGUCUUAAAUGGAAAAAGUCGCUUUCCCGAGCAUAUAUUGCUGCUUUCUCGAGCUGCAGCAAUCUUUCGUGAAUGCUUUGACCCUAUUGUUGCCAAGUCUGGUCGGGAUCUCAUCCCAGUUAUGGUUUAUGGGCGGAACAUCUCCGGUCAAGAAUUUAGUGGAAUGUAUUGUGUUGUUUUAAUUGUACAGUCAGUCGUUGUAUCAGCUGCUCUUCUCAGGAUAUUUGGACGAGAUGUUGCCGAACUUCCUCUAGUGGCAACUAGUAGAGAAAAUCAAGGAAAGGGCUAUUUUCAAGCUCUGUUUUCCUGCAUCGAGAGGCUUCUUUCGUCUAUGAGUGUGAAACACCUGGUCCUCCCUGCUGCUGAGGAAGCUGAACCUAUGUGGACUAAUAAGCUGGGAUUCAGAAAGACUAGCAGUGAACAAAUGCUCAGGUACAGGGAUUAUCAGCUAACAGUCUUUAAGGAUUUAGAUGGCAACGGAGAUUUUACGGCCCAGGUUCGGAGUCCAUCCGACGUCGUUCUGACGAUCUUACGGGUCGGAGGCAGAUCCAGUCGCUGUCGCCGGCCGACGUCUUCGCCGUAUCCGCUUCGCCCUGUCGCCGUCUCCCAGAUCCGUCCCCCUGCCUUCGUUCUCUCAGAUCCGUCCCCCUCCAAUUUCGAAUUCCUAUUGCAUGUGCUUUCACGGCGGUCCGUCGGAGAUGGCGCCGCAUCGCCAAUCACGACCGUCCAUGAUGCUCGCCUCCAUCUCCACUGUAGGGCCUUCGCGAAGGUCCUGGAGCUCCUUGUCUGUUCUGAUGCCGGCAUCUCAAUUGAUUUGACCCUGGGCUCUCUUAGACUCAUCACAGCCGCCGACGACCUCGGCAACGAGGUAUGCGCCGUCCCCGAUGAAGGCCCUGCCGCUGUAUAG